GUGCAUUGGAGCGGAAUAUCUACGACAUGGUGCUGAACUUUCAAGCUGUUGGCAUCUCUCUGGUUUCUUCACACCCCAGGAGGGAGAUUGUCUACAUCUCCGUCAUAGGUUCCGGUGUGAAGUGGGAGUCCAAGAAGGAGACCAAGACCUAUUACAAGGCUGUAAACGCCAAGGAGUCGAACCAGUUGGAGUUGCAGUACCAGCGAUACAACAAUCUGCGCCGGCUAGACAGGGACCCUGCCUCGGUGCUCAUGGUCAAUGGCUACGAAGUGAACUUCAAAGAGAUGAAGAUUCUUUCAAACCCCAAGAAAGACUUGCGGCGCCUUGCCAGGCCGGGCAUUUGGGCUACAUACAAGAAGUCGCUGCACCAGACUAUGAUUCACGCCAAGCUCCACAUACUUCAGGUUGAUGACCAGAUUGCAGAUUGCACUUUCCCUGUGAUAUUGACCCCUGUCACGAUGAGGAGGUCCCUGGGAGAGGGCAUGAUUCCCAAGCCCUUCUUUGAGACCAGUGUGAUAAUGCGACAGUUUGACUACUCACAAGUUCGUCAAUUCAAGUACUUCAAAGUUCUGGUUCAGGAGUUCCACGCCAGGGUGGACCAAUGCUUUAUCAAUGCUAUUGGUGAAUUCCUCACCCUGAAUGAGAGGGAAGCCAACCAUGAGGAACUACUCGAGAAAGACAUGCAGCUGACCAAAGGUGGCCUCAAGGAAAUUGCUGAGCAGUUCUCCGAGCAAGGCGUCAAGGACUUCUUUGACAUGCUUCACUUUUCGCCAAUCAAACUUCACUUGAGCUUUUCACUGUCGGCCGACAGCAAGAACCACAGUGGUGGAAGCCUCUUCAAUCUUCUUCUGCAGAGCUUCGGGGUUACCUUCACCGAGAUACAGGAUGCUGUUCUCAAGCUGGACUACUUUGAGAAGAGCAACACGUACUUGACCAUGCACCAGCUGAUACAUGAGGCCUCCUCUCACUACUUCCGUCAGACCUUGAAGCAAAUCUACGUGGUGGUGCUGGGGCUGGACGUGAUAGGCAACCCCGUUGGCCUUCUGACGGGAUUCACCACUGGCGUCGGAGACUUCUUCUACGAGCCGCUGCAGGGCGCCAUUCAGGGUCCUGAGGAAUUCGCGGAGGGUCUUGCCACCGGCGUUCGCAGCCUCAUCGGACACACUGUUGGUGGCGCUGCAGGGGCGGUGUCCCGCAUCACAGGCACGCUUGGAAAGGGCAUUGCAGCCCUGACGAUGGACGAAGACUACCAGCGUCGCCGCAGGUUGGAGCAGAACCGCCGCCCCAACGACAUUGCUGAGGGCAUUGCGCAGGGCGGAAGGGACCUGGUCAUGGGUGUCUACGAAGGCGUGACUGGCAUAGUUACGAAGCCAGUGGCAGGCGCAAGGGAGGAAGGCGUCAGCGGCUUCUUCAAGGGCAUUGGCAAGGGCCUCAUCGGCGCGGUGGCCAGGCCUACUGGUGGAGUUGUGGACUUUGCCAGUGGCUCCUUCGACGCUGUCAAAAGAGCUACAGAUGUCGUGGAUGAAGUCCGGCCUGUUCGUCCAGCCGGUUCAUUAGGCCGGAUGGAAUCAUCAGGCCUUACAACCUUAUGGAAGCGCAAGGCAACAGGCUCCUACAG